AUGUCUUGCGACAACUGCAAAAGCGGCUUCAAGUGGAACGGCCAAACCGUUGGCAAGGAAACUAAGUUCAACAAUGUCAAUGCCUACGUAACCGGCGACUCCAAAGACGCCGCGAUUCUUAUCAUAACUGACGUUUUCGGUUGGACGCUUCCGAACGUCCGCUUAAUCGCGGACCACUACGCGCAAGAAGCCAAUGCGACCGUCUACGUACCCGAUAUUUUUGACGGCGAAGUCGUAGACCCUGACGCGCUCUCGGACCCAGAAAAGCAAAAGAACUUUGACAUCGGCGCCUUCCUCGGCCGCCACAACAAACAAGUCCGCUACCCGGAGAUCAAAGGCCACGCGCAAACCCUCAAGUCGCAAUACAAGAAAGUCGCCGCCAUUGGCUUCUGCUACGGCGGCUGGGCCGCCUUCAAGCUUGCUGCUGACCCCUCGCUCAUCGACGCCAUCUCCACCGCGCACCCCUCGCUACUCGACAAGUCGGAGAUUGAAGGUGUCAAAGUCCCAGUGCAGAUUCUCAGCCCCGAAAAUGACUUUGCCUACACGCCUGAGUUGAAGCAGGCUACGUUUGAUAUUCUGCCCAAGACGGGUGUACAGUGGGAGUAUAUUUAUUUCCCGGGCUUGACGCAUGGGUUUGCGGUACGCGGAAAUCCUGAGGAUGCGGCGCAGAAGGCGGGAUUGGAGCGCGCGAAGAGGAGUGCGGUUAACUUUUUCAAGGAGUUUUUGCACUAG